GCCACUGGCGGCGCGCCGGUGUGUUGGAAUGCACCUCACAUCCAUUUCGGCAACUGGUGAUCCAGUCGCAGCCGGAGCAGCUGGACUCGGCUAUGGCACUUGGCCGCAGCUGCGGCGCCGAGGCCGGGGAUUGGUGGGACCCGGGCCCCACGACGCCGGCA